UAUAAAUAGAAAAACGGAGAGAAGGGAUCACAAGAGGACCUCAAAGGCUCACACUCAAGAUUUUGUGACCCGCGCCAACAAAUACAUAUAAAAAGGAGAAAAGAAACCCCAAGCUCCAAGAAAAUGGCAAAUCCAAGGAUUCUCCGACGACUGCGUGUUUCUCAAACCGAUCCCAAUCCCAACCCAAACAACAAGAACUCUAUGCUCCCCUUUCACUGGAAAAAGGAAAAACAAAACCGUCUUUAUUUCCGCCUUGGUUUCUUCCACCGAACCCAUUCAAUUUUCGUCGAUGAAAUCAUCACAUUACCCCUCUUAAAAACAAUCUUUCCCUAUCAAUGCGGACCCUCUAGGGCGACUUCACUAGCGCAUCGGCAUUGGGUUCCAAAUCCUUCUCCACAAUAAUGGGUCUCAUUUGAUUUCAAUCAUUUUCAAGGAAUUUUACAUUACCAAACGGAAUGGGGAUGCCACAGGAUAUUAAUGUAGGUUCUCAUAUAUGGGUUGGAGACCCAUAAUUGGCUUGGCUUGAUGGGAUUGUAACUAACGUUAAUGGAGCUGAAGCUGAGAUUCAAACUAGUGACGACAGGAUGGUAGCACAAAUUUAUAUUCCUUCAAAGGUUACUACAAAGUUAUCAAAAUUAUAUCCCGAGGAUGAGGAAGCUCCCGCUGGGUGUGUUGAUGACAUGACUAAGCUAUCAUACUUGCACGAGCCUGCCGUCCUUUACAAUCUGUGUACCAGAUAUGAAAUGAAUAAAAUUUAUACAUACUGCGGGAACAUUCUCAUCACUAUCAAUCCAUUCCAAGCACUCUCACAUUUGCAUGAUGGUCAUUUGAUGGAACGCUAUAAAGGGGCUCAACUUCGGGAGCUGAGCCCUCAUGUUUUUGCUAUUGCCGAUCUUGCAAAUAGUGAGGGAAAAUCCAACUCUAAACUGGUCAGUGGUGAAAGUGCGGCAGGUAAGACUGAAACCACCAAAAUGCUUAUGCUUUAUCUUGCAUAUUUGGGUGGCCAUGCUGCUGCUGAAGGAUGGACUGUUGAACGAAAAGUUCUAGAAGUAAGCUGGAUGAUCUCACUCUAUUCUGAACUGAAGCUACUGGAGAUGAAGAAGAGGAGGAUGGAACUCUAGAACAAGUGGAGGAACUCAUAUACAUAGAGCCAGAAAAAACAAUUAACUGUGUGGUGCAAGUAUGCAGAUCUGCACUUUUGUUUAUUUUAAUCAAGACACUUUUAAGCAAGGCACUUUAAACCAUGAAUUUCAGCACUGUUCGAGUAUUGGAAAGUUUUGAAAUUGAAAAGGUUUUUCCUCCAUUUAUUUGAAUUGGAUAUUGCCUGGAUGAUGAGAAGAAAAUGCUUAGUGAUCAUUCUGAUGUUGCUGAUGACGACGGCUGUUAUGAGGGUUGAUAAAUUUUUCAUGAUUAAAUUUGUGUUAUUUGGUAUUUAUGGUCUCUAACUAAGCUCCUAUUAUUUGUAUAGUUCUAAGGACAAGAGAAAGCAAAGUUCCUGCAUUCUCCACUAGCUGUGCAAAGCAAGCAGACAGAACCAAUGCA